GCCGCGGACGUCCUCGGCGCUUUGACCAUCCCGAAGACGACGUUGAUUAUUAGCCUCAUGGCUUCCGUGAAGCUCGCGACCCUGCGAGAGCUCACGCGGGUCGACCGCGUCGUCGUCUGCUGCCCGCUGCCGGCCGUGCAGCAAGGAGCGGGCACGACGAUCGUCGUGCCCGCGGACGUGCCCGAGGCCGCGGCGAUCUACGGCGCCGUCGGCACGGCCGUGCCCGUCGACGACGAGGACCAGUACCGCCGCCUCCAGUGCAUGACGUGCCUCAUGGGCGACUGCUACGAGCGCAUGCGGACGUCGCAGGAGUGGCUCGAGGCCAACGGCGUCGCCGGCGACGUCGCGGCGACCUACGUGACGGGCAUCUUCAAGACCAUCCUCACGGACGCCGUCGGCGCCGGGCCGGAGACCCUGGGCCACCUCGUCGCCGAGCAGACGCCCGGCGGCAUGAACGAGAUGGUCAUCUCCGAGCAGCGCGCGGACGGCGCCUACGCGGGCCUCGAGCACAGCCUCAACUCGAUCCACUCCCGCCUCUCGGGCGCCCACGACGCGAGCCUCGCGCCGGCGAACAAGCGCCAGGAAUCGUGA